UCAUUCUUUUACUUUUACAAGCUGCUCGGUCUUCUUCAAAAGCCUCUAAUGGCUACAACAACGUCCGUUCAAGAAGUCCCUAAAGCUCUGAAAUGCAAGACAUGGGUUUUGAAAGUAUCUAUCCACUGCCAAGGUUGCAAGAGAAAAGUCAGGAAAGUCUUACAAAGCAUCGAUGGUGUUUACACAACAAGCAUUGAUUCGCAGCAACAAAGAGUCACAGUUACUGGCAACAUUGAAGCAGGGACCUUGAUCAAGAAACUCAUGAAAACAGGCAAACAUGCUGAGAUAUGGCCUGAAAAGGUUGCUACCAAGGAGAAAGAAUCAGGCAAAGCAAAAGGCAUGCACAGCACAAAUGACCAAAAUCAGAAUGAUAGUGGCGGCAAAAAAUCUGUGAGAUUCUCCUUGGAGGGACUAGGUGAGGAGACCAAAAAGGGGAAGAAGCCACUGGAAAAUUCCACCGCCGGAGAGGCGUUGCCGGGUGGAAAUAACAAGGGCAGUAUAAUUGAGGGUGGUGGGGCAGACAGUGCAUGUAACAAGAAGAAAAGGAAAGGGCAGAAAGGUAAUGACGGCAGCAAUGUUACGGGGGGCUCAGGCUCACCAUCUUCUGGUACAUCUGCAGGCAGUGAAUAUCAAACUCAUGGUGUGGGGAUGAAUCAAGUUAUGGGCCCGAGUGAUCUCAACCCUACACAUCAGCAUUCGAUUCCAUGGCCACUAGGUUACUACGGUCCUCAAGUGUAUGCAUCAAGUUAUAUGGCAUAUCCAUAUGGAAGUCCUGCUCCUUUUAAUUAUCAUGUUGCUCCAGCACCAUAUACAAAUGCAAAUCAAACAACACAGGCGGACUCUUUCAACAUUUUCAGUGAUGAAAAUGUCGAUGGAUGUUCCAUCAUGUAAUCAGAAUGGAGAGUGAUUCUGUACUAUUGAUGAUGGAGAGAGUAGUAUAGAAGAUAGAAUGUAGGAUAAUAUUGCCAGGGGAGACAUUAGAACGAUGAUAAGAAUUCUUUUUUGCAUGGUAUGGUUUUGAAGCAAGUUUGGUAGAUUGAGCUGUAAGAUUUUCUUUUCCUUGUAGAAAUUGAUUUGGGUUUUGAUGUAUGAAUUUGGUUGUUGCAUG